UGUCACCACUUUUCUCUGACAUUCCUGUGCAGAGUGGAGAGGCAGUGAGCGCGGCUGCAGAGACAGAACCGCAAAUGCAACUCAGAACUUCAUUAGAAAAAGUUUGACUUUUAAAAAAAGCCUUUUUCCUUUCAGGUUGCAGCUUGUUUCUCCAUCUAUUACCUCGUUGCGGUGUUUCCUCACUAGGAAAUUCCAAUUUUGGGAAUUCUGCCUGCAAGUCAGCUGGGAAGUGUUACAUUUUAACAAGGGAUUCCUGGAGAAGCAUCCUCUUGUAUCCAGUCCCAGUUUCCUCCUGUUCUCCUCUCCAUCUGCCUCCCUGGUGAAGGACUUUAAACUUUGGACUGUGGAGUUUUGGAAUACUUUAGAGAGGCAAAAAAAGAACAAGGGCAUAGUGUUGCAACAGCACACAAAGAGACCCUGGCUCCUGUAAAGAUGGCUGACGUGAUGCAGCCAGACCCCAACAGCCUGCAGAUACCCGGUGAUGAUUUAUCAGCCCCUUCGUCGCCUGCUACAGCUCGAAAUGACUGCAGCAUCACACCCCUCACACCCUCGCCCUCACCGAGGGUGGAGGCCAGACCCAGGAUGUCCUGUCCAUUCUCUGUUGUCGUUGCCAUAGACUUUGGGACGACCUCCAGCGGCUAUGCGUUCAGCUUCACACAGGACUCAGAAGCCAUACACAUGAUGAAGCGCUGGGAGGGCGGCGACCCCGGAGUAGCCAAUCAAAAGAGCCCGACGUGUCUGCUGCUGACUCCUGAUUUGCGGUUCCACAGUUUUGGGUUUGCGGCCCGGGACUUCUACCAUGACCUGGACCCAGAGGAGGCCCGACACUGGCUCUACUUCGAUAAGUUCAAGAUGAAGAUUCACAGCACAAGUGACCUCACCAUGGAGACAGAGCUGGAGGCGGUCAACGGUCGGACUGUCAGGGCCAUCGAGGUGUUUGCUCACGCCCUGCGCUUCUUCAGGGAACAUGCUCUAAAGGAGGUGAAGGACCAGUCGUCAUCAGUGCUGGAGGGAGAGGAGAUCAGAUGGGUAAUCACCGUCCCCGCUGUGUGGAGACAACCUGCCAAACAGUUCAUGAGAGAGGCUGCAUACCUGGCUGGUCUGGUGUCUCCUGACUGUCCUGAGCAGCUCCUCAUUGCUCUGGAACCUGAAGCUGCGUCCAUUUACUGCCGUAAGCUCCGCCUCCACCAGGUGCUAGACCUGAGCUUGCAGCCAAUCACAAAUGGCUUUGAUCCGGAGGGGUCCAGGCCCUUCGACUCCAGCUUCAGACAAGCGAGGGAGCAGCUGAGACGAUCCAGACACAGCAGGACCUUCCUGGUGGAGAGUGGAACUGGAGAGCUGUGGUCGGAGCUACAGACUGGUGACAGGUAUAUUGUUGCAGAUUGUGGUGGAGGGACAGUUGACCUGACAGUCCAUCAGAUUGAGCAGCCACAGGGAACGCUUAAAGAGCUCUACAAGGCUUCAGGUGGUCCGUACGGUGCUGUCGGAGUAGACCUGGCCUUCGAAGCCAUGUUGUGCCAGAUCUUCGGUGAGGACUUCAUCCAAAGCUUCAAAGCUAAACGGCCAGCAGCCUGGGUGGACCUCACUAUCGCGUUCGAGGCAAGGAAACGGACAGCGGCGCCAGGCAGGGCCAACGCCCUCAACAUCUCCCUGCCUUUCUCUUUCAUCGACUACUACAAGAGACACAGGGGCCAGAGUGUGGAGGCCGCACUGAGGAGGAGCAAUAUGAACAUAGUGAAGUGGUCAUCCCAGGGGAUGCUGCGGCUGACACAGGAAGCCAUGAACGAGCUCUUCCAGCCCACCAUCGUCAAUAUUGUCAAACACAUUGAGGAGCUGAUGGCAAAGCCAGAGGUGCGUGGUGUGCGUUUCCUCUUCCUGGUCGGCGGUUUUGCAGAGUCACCCAUGCUGCAGAAAGCAGUCCAGAGAGCACUGGGGCGGACAUGCCGCAUCAUCAUCCCCCAUGAUGUAGGACUGACCAUACUGAAGGGUGCCGUGCUCUUCGGGCUGGAUCCCACUGUGGUCAGAGUGCGUCGAUGCCCACUGAUCUACGGCGUUGGCGUCCUGAACCGGUUCGUAGAGGGGCGCCACCCUCGUGAAAAACUACUCAUCAAGGACGGUCGCGAGUGGUGCACCGACAUCCUCGACCGCUUCGUCUGCGUCGACCAGUCAGUGGCUCUGGGCGAGGUCGUGAGGCGGAGCUACACGCCUGCUCGUCUGGGCCAGAGAAAGAUCAUCAUCAACAUCUACUGCAGUGCGACGGACGACGUCACGUACAUAUCCGACCCUGGAGUCAGGAAGUGCGGGACGAUAACUUUGGACCUACCAGAACCAGUACUGGGAGCGGUGGGAGGAGCAGCAGGAGCAGGAGGAGGAGGAGGAGGCCCAGAGAGAAGAGAGAUCAGAGCGACAAUGCAGUUUGGAGACACGGAGAUCAAAGUCACAGCUGUUGACGUCAUGUCUAACCGCACCGUCCGGGCUUCCAUAGACUUCCUGUCCAACUGAGGAGGAGCAGGAAGUGGAGACGAGGAUUGGAAAACAGAAGAAAAAAAUAUGGAUUCUUGGGAUGACAAAAAAAAAACGGUACUUUGGGAGUGGGCGACAUGGUUUUUUUUGGACUUUGCAUUCUAAGAAGAAACUCACAUCCUGUAAUUCAGACAUUUAGACUUUACAUCCACUCACCAGAGUAGAAAAAGUGCCAGCAUCUCAAGUAUAGGGUGAAGCGCCCUCUACCGUAUGUAUAAGAAAAGUGGAGUUUUUUAAUCUCACACCAAAUAAUGCUGUCACAGGCAUUUCCUGUCCAGAAAAUAUUCAGAGGAACACUUGUAUGAACUCUGUAAAAGCUAAUGCAAGCUGGUGUCUGAGUACACAUCCCUGCUGCACGGAAACCUACAAAUACAACCUGUCUGAGGUGUAUUUGAACUUUGGCAUUAUACUACCUAGAGUGAAACUCACUCAUCUUUAUUACUAAUUAUAAAGACUGUUGCCUUUUCCCUCAUAUAAUGAAUUAAACAGGGAUAUCUCACAGGUUCUGGUCUUAUACCUCAUUUAACGUUCACUCUACAUAUAUGAAAUAUUGAUACAACUACCUGGACUGCAGCUUUGUUUCUCUAAUGUUACUGUGAUUGUGCGUGCCCUAGUGGUGAAAAGACUGAACUACAAGCUGAAAAUCAUAUGGGACCUUAAAAGCACCUGGGAUGCAACAAACAUCCCUGAGUAGGAAGGACUGUGGCAUUAUUGCAGACUCUUCAUGUUCUAAUCACAUUCAGGUGUAGGGUUUUAUAUCUGUAGUGUUUAACACUUCAGGCUAUUUUUCUCUUUGAGAAUCAAAAAAAGAGCUGUAUCUGUGCAAGUUUCAAGGUUUUUUUCCACUAUUUGUACACAAAAAUGGGAAAUUCAAUCCAACCUGAUCCACUGGGAGCCCCAUAAUUUAAGCAGAAAUCAAGCUUUCAACUCAAAAUCCACUUACAAGCCUUUCCAGUUGCUCUCAAUCACAUCUCUUGGCCUUUCUCAGCAGACAAAGUGUAAUCAGUAGUCUUAAAAUGUGACUUACAAGUUCCAUACAAAAAGCUACAAAAGAAAUUCCGCUAACUGAGGAAGACAGCCAUGAAAAAAAAUCUAGGAGAGAAGCUCUUUUUUGUUGUCAAGGGGCUGUAUUUUUCUAAAUAUAAGUGAGCUCCUGCAGGGGUCUUAUAUUUCCCACCUUAAAGGUUAAGUGUGUGAGAUUUUGAACAUUAAUAUAGUAGCAAAUAACUAUUUGCUUUAUAAAGAUAUAGUAAUGGUGUCCUGAUAAAAUGAAGUCACGCUCCCUUUGUGCAUUGUAAUCUGAGCUGUCACUACCUGAUCUACACCGUGAACCCAAUCUGUUCAGGCUCUAUCUUAUGACCAAUGGGCUUUCCUGACCCCAACCACUGGAGGUCAGUGUCUGAUGUCAACCAUGUACACACAUGUAGAACAAAUCAGGUUGUUGGUACAGAUCAGGCAGCAACCCAAACUUCUCUGUUCAUUGUUUUGGCCUGAGGUGUGUCUGGUUGAUCUGAAUGUCAUUUAUAGAACCUUUAGACAGAAUGUCUUGUCACGUCUUGAUGUUUUGUAUGCUGUAAUAAUAAACUGUACACAUGUUUAAGUAAACAGAUUAAGAAUCACUGUACCAUGUUCAACAUGCCGACCCUACUGCAAGUUAUUCUCCGUUCCAUUUUCAACCAACUGUGUAGAUUACAAACUGAUACAAAGCAUCAUCCAUCACUAUCCUAAUUUAUACUGUUUCUUCUACUUUUCCUAUUUACAGACUACUAAUACACUCUCAGCAAACUUUUGUUGGAAAUAUCCACUUUGAACAAUUAUAUAAAAUAACACACCAAUAGUCAACAGUUAGAUUUCAGCUGUGAAUUUAUUGAUUAGAAUGGUCCAAUAAAUAGUUUCACACAGCCUCACCAAUGAAUGGUUCAGAACUGCUUAACAUCCUAUCAGUGCUUUACUUCCCAUGUUACAUGUCACAAAACCAGAUUAGAAAUGAUGGAACGGCUGCUUCAGGUCAGAGGAAAAGCUGACUUUGAGAGAACAGGAGUGUUUGGCUCAAAACCAAGGGGGAUUUAUGUCUUUCUUCUUGUAUUUCAAUA